UGUACCACGUAUUGUGUGAGUUUUUACUGAAGAGUAGGAAUCUCUUUCCCCCUGCCCCCCUUUAAAGGAAUGAAUACUUUGUCCUUCCAACCAAAGCUGCCAGCGUUUUAUGACCACCCCCUCCUUUCUCAAGAGAUAAGAUAAGGAAGGUAUAAAAUCAGUGUUGUUAUAGGGGAGGAAACCGUGGACAAAAGAAAUCGUUCCAUGCUGGCAGGAACAUUGCCCGGUCCCGUAUCUCUGGAGCAGGUAUCUCGAUCAGGAAACUUUACCUGCUAGUUUCUCAUAAACGGGUACGGAGGAGUGAGAAAACUACACAUCCCAGCAUCCCACGGGGAAACCUCGUGCCAUAGGAACAUAAUUUUGACGUUGAUAGAAAUGAAGGUUCUGGGUGUGUGACUGCGCCGGGCUGUUCGGCUUCUAGUAGGGAACUGAUCUGCUUCUAGGAAGUUAGAGUAGGAUCUGGGCGUAAUAAGCUGUCUGCAAAACGCACAGAAAAGGAAGGCCUGCCUGAACGAAGUCUCUACGGGGAAAAGGGGGAUCCGUUUUCUCUACUUCCCUGUCAGAAAGUGGAGCAGGAGGCGGCGCGUAAGAAGAGGCUUCCCCGAAGAGGAGCCAAUAGCACACCAGAAGAUGACUCUUCAGCCUCCAAAUACUGAAUGUGUCCUACCCAACACUCAACCAAAUGAAACUGAGGAAACCACAGAGGAUUCCUUAUUGGAAAAUUACUUAAAUUCUGAUGGAAUUCCACUGAAAACAGAGUCCAGUGGCCCCCCAGGAUGCAACUUAAGGCUCUCCCCAGAUUUAUCUAGUUUACCUGACAGUUGUGUAGACAAAGAUGUGGUAAAUCCAUUAGGUGAAAGGGCUGAAAGUUUAACCCAAGUUGUCCUGCAAGAUUCUCCAACGCAAGAGAAAAACAGUUCACCUAGAACCAUCCUAGAAGAAAAAACGAAUUUGCUCAGCCAGCAGAGCCUGUACUCGUUGAAACAUCCUGAAGAAACCACAGAAGAUUCCUUAUCAGAAAAGAACUUAGAUUCUAAGGAAAUUCAGCUGAAAGCAGAUAUCAGUGGUAACAUAAGGCUUUCCUCAGGUUCGGCUAGUUUACCUGACAGCUCUGCAUACAAAGAUGUGGUAGAUUCCUCAUAUGAAAGGGCUGAAUGUUCAUCCCAAGUUGUCCUACAAGAUUCUCCAACGCAAGAGAAAAACAGUUCACCCAGAACCAUCCUAGAAGAAAAAACGAAUUUGCUCAGCCAGCAGAGCCUGUACUCGUUGAAACAUCCUGAAGAAACCACAGAAGAUUCCUUAUCAGAAAAGAACUUAGAUUCUAAGGAAAUUCAGCUGAAAGCAGAUAUCAGUGGUAACAUAAGGCUUUCCUCAGGUUCGGCUAGUUUACCUGACAGCUCUGCAUACAAAGAUGUGGUAGAUUCCUCAUACGAAAGGGCUGAAUGUUCAUCCCAAGUUGUCCUACAAGAUUCUCCAACGCAAGAGAAAAACAGUUCACCCAAAACCAUCCUAGAAGAAAAAAUAAGUCCACUGAGCCAGAAAAGCCAGCACUCCUUGAAAGAUCAUGAUGAAACAAAAGAGGAUCUAUUGGAGAAGGAAAGAGAAACAUUAGCUCAAAAGCCUGAAGGCACAGAGAAGAAAUCUUUGACUGAAGGCUUUGCGUCCUGUGGACUUAUGCUGGGAGUCGUCGUGCUUUUGGUUGCUCUUUUCGUGGGCAGCACUGGCUACCUCACUUCCCGUCCCCUGAAUGUGCCAGAAAACCCAGCUGUAAAGACCUUCCUGUCAAAAUUUGAUCCGCUGAAGGACAGCUUCCCGGGUCAGAGCCCUUAUCUGUGGAGACGGGUGCGGAAGGUCUUACAGAAACACCUCAAUGCUUCCCAGCACACUGAGCCCGCUAUCAUAAUCUUGACCUCUGCUCAGGAAGGCAAAGCAACCUUGAAGUGCCUGAGUAUGCAGAUUGCCGAUACCUACUCCUCAUCGCUUGGGGGUAGCACGAUCCAGGUGGAUGGAGCUUUGAAAUCCACUCUAACCAGUGACAGUGCCAAGCUGGCAGUCGACGAGGAGCUCAGCUUUGGCUUCCGCAGAGGGCAGAAAGCAGCAGUAGUGCAUCAGUUUGAGUCGCUGCCUGCAGCUUCUACCUUGAUCUUUUACAAGUACUGCGACCACGAGAGUGCAGCUUUUAAAGAUGUGGCACUGAUCUUGACUGUUUUGCUAGAGGAUGAAGAACUGGAGCCUAAUGUUGGCCUGCAGAGUGUAGAAGAAAACGUUCGAGACUUCCUCUGGGCCAAGUUCACAAAUUUGAACACACCCGCAUCCUACAACCACAUGGACACAGACAAACUGAGUGGGUUGUGGAGCCGCAUAUCCCACCUAGUCCUCCCAGUCUAUCCAGUGCUAGUUAUAGAAGAUGUUGGCUGCCCUUUGCAAACCAGACCAAAAGGUGAAUGAGGUGGGCUUUAAAGGAAAGCCAAAAAGCUCUGAAGGAUUUGCACCAAUUAAAAAAACUUUUUUUCUGAGAAACUGUGUAAGCCAAGCAGGGAUCUAGAAGCAUUAAUGAGAAGUGAGCUGAUUUUAGAUAAAUUAUGCAUUGUGAUGUUGGUAUCGAUCAUGACUUUCAUGACAAAAUGUUACAGAAGAAAUGAGAAAUAUAUUAGCUGUGCUGUUUCUGUAGCCAGUGAGCAUUUGUAAGGCAAUCAAAGGACAAUUUAAAAAAAUAAUUAAGAGAUAAGAGAGUGGCAUUCUAGUCUUGCACAUUGCACAUCCAGAAUACUUUUUUGCCACUGGAAGAAAACAAAGAAUGCAGAGACACAGAAAACUGCUUUUAGCAAACUCUGCCCUCCUUAAAAGUUAGUUUUAAAGUGACAGUGUCUCCAAGCUUUGUGUACGGGUUGGGGAGCAUACCGUAUAAGAUGUACCUGAAAUUUUGAAGGCCUUAAUUAGUAGUUUUUAUUAAAUCGUCACAAGCAAAGAAAAAGUAACAAGUCUCAAAUCUGUGAUGAGCUGUAACAUUUUGAAGGUUGUCUACCCUGCAGAGUAUAUCUGCACAGGACCGUCCUGUGUGUCUUCUUGUUUGGUGCUGGCACUAAUAGGAGGAGCAGAUAGCGCUGCUUGAGCUGGUGCUGAUAUUGUUCCCAUCUGUUAUAUGGAUAGGUGGGGGACCAGUAGAGGGUGAAUCAGGGUAUGUGAGGUUUACAAAUUUGAAUGCAUUAAAUCAGAAAACUCCAUAAAAAUGAUGCAGACAGAAUCCUGUGCCUUAAUAAGUUGCAUAGCUUUCUUUGAUUUUUAGGUAGGGUACAGCCUACUGGCUAAGUGAGAUGGGCUGGACAGCAAGUCAGGCUUGCAUGAACUGGAGAGUACUGUGUUAGUAAGGAAAAAUGGAAACUAGGGAAAUGGUUUUCAGUUUAAAAGAGAAACAGGUGUGAGAUAAUCUAGUGCAGUGGUUCCCAAACCUUUUUUCCCUUGGACCACUUGAAAAUUGCUAAUGGUCUUGGUAGAUCUCUUAAUGAUUUUUCUGCCUGUUGUAGCAAUUGUAUUGUGCUGUGCCAGAUGCUUUAUGAUUUUAAUUGUAUUUUUAUGGCUGCUUUUAUUUCUUGAAUUGUAUUUCAUUGUAUUACAAUUUGCAUUCCAAACAAUUCAUAUUGUAGUACAAUAAAAUACAAUGUAAGAAACAAGCAAUAAAAACAAAAUUAAAAAUCCACAUGAACAUUUAUCGUCACUGGUGGCGAUAGUACCCCAAACCAGUAUUGCAGUAUAGAUGGAUGCAAGGCAGGUGUGCCCUGCAGAUUCUGUGGGAUGCAUAUGAACCUUCAGGCUCAGACUUCAUUUAACCAUGUGAAAAUUAGGAUAUCAACUGAAGAAUACACUAUUGUGAGAAGCAAAGCAAGUCUGAAUGUAGGAGGUAAAUGCAGGAAGCAGAAAAGGGAAAAUAAGUAGAAUGGUGAUCGGAUGGGUUGGGGAAAGAGGUUAUCAAAAGGAAGAAUUUUUGAAGGAGUUGGACACUGUCAUUCUAUAAAGAGAAUCUCUCAAGACAAAUCUAUCUGCUCCAAAAUAGAUAAAAACAAAUGUCAUGCCAUGAACAUUGGUAGGUUGUUUUUUGGUAGAAUCCCAGGCAGUAUCCAAUGGAAUUCAUUCCAUUAGCACAAGGAUUUCUGCUUGUGCAAUGGAACUCCUCCCUCUUCCUGCACAUGCCCUGUGCCCUCUCCAAAUCUACUCAGAACAUAUUUAGGGUGCAUGUGAGGAGAGUUGAGGGAGGGGAAGUUAGUUCAUUGAAUACCGCUCUCUAUAUUUACGUGGUAUAUGCCAGUAGGUUCCAUAGUUUGAACUUCAUCUGCCCCUCCCAUUUUACAUUGCAAUAAUUCAGUCAUAUUUCACUCCUGCAUUAACUUCACUUCUGCACCAUUUGCAACUGCAGUUAUGUAUGUCUAUUCAGAAAUAAGUCACAGUGUAUUCCAUAGAGCUUAUUCCCAGGAAAUGGUACAUAAGAUUGCAAUCAUAUUUCUUCUGCUGUUACCUCCCUUUGUCUCCUGGUAUCUAACAUUAGUCAUACCCAGAGUAAACCAUUAAAAUGAAUGCACAUGACUAACUUAUUCAUUAAUUUCAGUGAAUUUACUCUGACUGGGUGAGUUGUAUCCCUCUUUGUAUACUCACCUGCAGUAGACUGUUCACAGAGAAAUCAUCAGAGAUCAUUAAGAAUGUGCAUGCUGCUUUAGAUAAAGGUCCAAAUCAGCUUGAACCCAACUGAAAUGAAUCUCCAAUCCAAAGUUGUUCAGUCUUUCUUGUUCAGAGCCUUGCUGGCUGCCAAGCCAAAAGGAGUCACUUAGCUUAUUUUUUUACUUAGAAAUAGAACAUUGAACUACAGUCUGAAUGAGCCAGUUUCAUGAAUAGUGUGGUCAACAUUUCACCUGUCUCCAUAUGCUAUGCAGGAGUUUGAACUACAGUUCAGCAGUUAGCCGGUGCUAAUGAAUACCUAGCUCUGCCUUCCAAUUUCUGCAAUUCAAGCUGCUGCUAAAGGCAUAAAAGCAGGCCAGGUUAGAGUGUUUGGUCAGUUGGUAACACUAACUGAGGAAAUAAAGAAGUAAAAUUAGGUUUGCAAUUUUAAGUAACACUAAAAAUUUAACUAAUUAAGAAUAAAGUGCUUUAAAAAUCAUUUUGCUUUUUGUUGAUAUAUUUAAUUCAUUUAUUAUUACAUUUAUAUCCCACCUUGUGUAAAAUAAAAUUCAAAGUGAAAGGGAUCAUAUUACUAGUGACCAGAUGUAAAAGAGGACAGAGUUCCUGAUCCUUGUACAAUUGUGUAUAAUAGCUCAUUUCAGUAUGUUUACCUUUUCUCAUUCUUGCAUGCUAGUCACACCUACUGAAAGUCCCUCUUCUAUAGUACCAUUAAAGAGACAGGAAGAGCCUUUUCUGUCCCUUGCAUCAGUCACUCUGCACAAAACGUCACAAGUUUUUAAAGUUUUAUUUUACAAGUCUGCAACUGCUCAUGAUGUUCAAAGUUUCUUCCUUCAGGGACCUCUUCCCAUAUUAACUUUUCUGCUAAGGAGCCCUUGUAUGAUUAUAAUGGAAUCCCUAAACUUCAUGGUCUCUGGGGCAGUAGUUCCCAAACUUUUUUCCCACGGACCCCUUGGAAAUUGCUGAGGGUCUUAGUAGACCACUUAAUGAUUUCGCUGUUAUAGUAGUGAAAUUGGCUCUACCAAAUAUUAAUAUAUGGGGGCUGAAUACUUAUGUAAGCAACAUGUUUCAGUUUUUUAUGUUUCUUACAAACAUUUCCCAACAUAAAAACAAUGUCACCUUAUAAUAAUUGAUUUUGAGUUUCAGUGUUUCAAAAUAAAAUACACAGAACGAAAUUACAAUGUACCAUUUUUAAUUCAGUAAUAUGAGAACAUUGGUCAGGGGUCGGAGUACUUUUGCAAGGCAUUGUAUGUUUUGAGAGGCAGUGUUAUCUUGGAACCAGUUUUGGAACACAACAGCUCUGCGUAGCCUUGUUGACAUGCUUAAAUUCCUGAUGGAGAUAUCAUAACUCCAAGGUCUUCACACAGGCUGGGGGAGAACAAGAGAGAAGUGUUUAAAAAUGUGUGACUAGGGGAUGAGACACAAAUAUGUGACAAUGCUGUAAAGAUCUGGAUGCUAGGACUUGCAUAGAGAAGGGUAAUGAUGAAUUAAUUAUAUUUGUAUUGACUUUAAUCCAUCUGUACUUACUUUUGACCUUUCUGAU